CAGUUGUGCAAGGUUUUAGAUUUCAGGUGAAAAGUCCAGAAAGGUUUUAAAUUGGAAGUGCAAUACUAGUCAAUUGCUCUCUGAUUCCUUCACGCCUGAGCCAGAGCCUGAGGUACUAAGCUUAUUUUACCAAUCUCAUUAUCACCGUCUCUUCGACAUAAUCGCUUCCUAAUUACUAUGUUGAGCUCAGGGAAUGGCUUUGAUUGUAUCAACGCGCCUCGAUUAAUUAUGUUGGCCACCCUAGUUGUACUAUCAUGGGUGGUUGGAGUUGCCUCCGUGGCAGUGCCGAGUUCUAAUUGCUACGCUCUUGAUAAUUCCAGCCACAUUGUUGAUUUUACAAGCUGGAAAGGACAUCUCUUUGAGUAUGAGGGAAAGGAGUCAGACUUGGUUGUUCGAUUUUGCAAAGACGUGGAGAGCAGAUCACAAACAGGAUAUGUUGAUUUUGGCCGCUUUGAUACAUAUAACCAUUUUGUUGCUGGCUCUGGACGUGUCAACUUUGUUCAAGGAUUCUAUGAGGGUGAUCUCAUGAAUUGUGAGCAAAGUUAUAACAAAUUGGGGCGCACGGCUCAGGUAAAUAUCAUAUGUGGAAGUUGUUUGAGCAGACAAUGUAAAGGUGAACUUGGAUGUAUAUGCAGUGUUACAUAUGAAUCAUCUUGCAGAGUUAUUGUGGAACUUGCUAUUCCUUGUGAGAAACGUGGUCCACGGGUUUUUGAAGGAUUCACUAUUGGGUUUCAUCCACGGUCAUGGGAAAUUGUCUACAAUGGCAUGACCCAACCUGGUUUUGAGAAGUCUCACAAUGAAUACCGCUUUAGUACUGAACAGAUUCGUGUUACCCUUCAUAUGACUGCAGUUGCAUCUCUCUCAAAUUUGGUGCAAAAACCAACUGUAAAGGUACUCCCACGGACUGGCCUAGAAGUUCAUCUAUCUGGCUCUGGUGCUUCUGGAACUCCCCCAACAACUUUGUCACCAACUGUUUUGACUGUAGAUUGGACAUGUAAAAAGGUACACACUACUCCUUACGAAGUGGAAAUCACUAUUCCUGUGGAGAAUUAUGAUCCAGUCAAGUUCACACUUACAAAAAUGUGCGAUCAUAAACAAGAUGAUGGGAAAGAGACAAUGAAAGGAUGGGCUAUAUUUGGAAUCUUAUCUUGCAUAUUCUUCGUUUCACUUACCCUGUUCUGCUGUGGUGGAUUUAUUUAUAAAUCAGGGGCACAAAACCAGCAUGGGCUUGAUGCAUUGCCAGGGAUGACCUAUUUAUCAGCAUUCUUACAAACUGUGUCCGGAGGAGGUCAGGGCUACCAAAGAGCAGAAGAGAGUAACAAUCCCUUCAUCCCUGCUGCUCAAGGAGCUGGAAGGACUGAGGUCAGAUAUGGUUCCAUUUAAAUGUACAUACUCUCAAGUCCAAAGCAAAGCAAACAUGAUAACAAGGAUCUGUUUUGUUGAGGUACUAGCUACACAGACAACCUUCUUCUUUCACCCCCACCCUCCUACCUACCCCCAGAAAAACACCUUCGGGUUUAAAAAAAGGAAAAGAAAAAGAAUUUUAAAGGACACUUGCAGGUUUCAGUGUCAGCUUAGCACAUUUGAAUUUCAGUCACGAGCCAUUGAAAAUGACGAUUACUGCAUGCAACUGCUGCUUAAAUGCUGAAAAUUGACUUUCUACUGCAUUGGCAAAAGUUUUCUUUGAUCUGUUUUUGCUUCUUUAUGGUUACGGCCCUUGCGGGUGCUAUAUUUUACGAUCAUUGGUUCAGAGAAUGAAUUACAGUAAACAGCGUUUAUUUGGUUAUGACAUGUAGUGUUUAUCACUGGGCUACUGACUUCUAACAACUUUUUCAUUUAGUUAUAAGAGCAAACCACAUGAAGUUAUUUGAUUUGUUUAUAUUUUCUCUCUUCCCUUCAAGCUCUUUCUGAAGACUUGUUCUUGAUUAAGAUGAAAAACAAAGUUAAGACAUGGUAAAGAUAGGAUUCGAAACAAAAGGGAGACCGGCAACUCAAAAUGCAAACUUCUGGGUGUCUUAAAACCUAUAAUGUAUUAAUGUAUCCUGAAAUUUUGCAUAUAUAUGAAGUCCUUGCGUCCAAAUUUAUAAGCCCCAGGUUAUCAGACAAUUUGAAUUAGUUUCAAGAUGGAAGUUAACCCUGGUGACUAUAGAUAUGAAGCCACAUUUUACUUGUAA